AUGUCGGUUCAAGUAGAUCAAGAACAACACGAACAGCAGGUAUUGAAAUGCAAUACGCUCUUUGAAGAAGGCAAACUUGCCUUUGCAAAAAAAGAAUUUGAAGCAAGUGUCAACAAACUUGGCGAGGCCUGUCAAUUACUAGACCAGGUUAAUGGUGUUCUUGCACCAGAAAAUGGCGACGCCUACUUUUUAUAUGGUAAAGCUUUACUCCAACUAGCUAUCCAACAAAAUACAGUUCUUGGUCUUUCUGCACAAGAAUCGGCUUCUGAGGUGGAAGCUCAACAAGAAGAGGCAAAGAGAAAAGAAACAAAAGUUAAGAAUCCACUUCUCCAGUUAAGCGACGUUCCAGAGUUCGUUUCUGAAGAGGACAAAGAGGAAGUGGAAGAGGAUAACGAGCAAGACGAAGAAGGAGAAGGAGAUGGAGAAACCAAUAAUGCGGAAGAGGAUUUUGAGGCAGCUUGGGAUAUUCUCGAUGUUGCUCGUGUCAUAUUCGAAAAGAGUGAAGAUAACGAGACUCGAUUAAAAUUAGCUGAUGUUCAUUUAUGCUUAGGCGAUAUUUCUCUCGAAACUGAGAAAUUCAAUGAAGCGCUUGCAGAUUACGAAAAGGCAAUUGAGAUUAAAGAACGAUUAUUAAAGAAUGAUAACCGAGAAUUAGCCGAAGCACACUAUAAGUACGCGUUAGCAUUAGAAUUCUCGACUGAAAAAUCAGACCAAGCCAUUCCGGAACUACAAAAAGUAAUUGACGUCUUGAAUAAGCGACUUGAAGCCUUAGAAAAAGCGAAGAAUAGCAAUGAUGAAGGAAAGGGUAAAGAGAAGGCAACGGAAACUGAUGAAAGCGUAGUCAAAGAGAUUUCGGAAAUUAGAGAAUUGAUACCAGAUAUGAAAUUGAAGAUUGAGGAACUUUCGACAAGACAAGCAACUGAAAAAGAAGCGGCGGAAUUGUUAAAGGCAGUAUUAAAUAGAAAUCAAAGUACUGAAAAAGUAAAAGAGAUCUCUGCUUCAACACCAGUAAACGACCUGACAUCAUUAGUAAAGCGUAAAGCUGUACAAAAAGCGGACGAAGGCGCCAAUGGUGCUGAGAAGAAACAAAGAUUGAAUUAG